GAAUGUCUACUUCGUUUUUAAUAGAUUCUCUAAUACAUGAAAAAGAAAAGUAUAAGAUACGGCAGCAGCCUGGAACAUCUUUUUUAUUUCGUGAGUCAUCUCCUCCAGAUCGAUCGCCGAGUUAUUCACCCGGUGCGUCAAUGAUUAGAUAUUCCAAUUCUUCUUCUCCAAGAAGUUUAGAUUCACCUAUAAAUCCAUUGGAUCGACACCCUCUUGAAAGAGUACAUCAAGUAGUUAGUUGUAUGAGAGGACCUUCGAUGUGUAAUUGUUGUCGGCCUCCGGCUGUUCAACCUAUGUGUACAGUAUGUGAACCUAGGGAACCAGGUGAAGGUACCUCUUCACAAUAUCCUUAUACCCGCGAACCUCAUGAACAUACAAGAGGCUUGUAUGGAAAUGAUAGAUCAAGACUUUUUCCAAUAUUAUCACCUUUACACGGGCAAAGAGCGCAGUUUUCCCCGAAUUACGUUUACGAUUUGGAACUUCGUCAUUCCCGUCAACUUCAACUGCAACACCAAGAACACGAAACAGAUCUUUACGGAAAAUCUAAACGCAUUCGAACCGCGUAUACUAGCAUUCAGUUACUUGAACUUGAAAAAGAGUUUCAAAAUAAUCGUUAUUUAUCGAGAUUACGGAGAAUCCAGAUAGCUGCUAUUCUCGAUCUAACAGAAAAACAAGUUAAAAUAUGGUUUCAAAAUCGACGUGUAAAAUGGAAAAAAGAUAAGAAAGGAUAUAGCUAUUCCCCUACUGGAAGUCCGCAAUCUCCAGAAUAACUACCGAUUUUCUUUCUCAAAAGUUCUUCUGCAUCUUUCAAAACGAAGAUAUUUUUUUAUAAAAACAAACAAACGAUAUUAAAAUGAUUUCCCAUAGUCAUUUUAUAAUAUGUACAUAAAAAUUCAUCAAUAAUUUAUUCAUCUUUUACGACAUUUUUUUGUUUAUCUUUGUAUACUGAAACUUUAUUUUCAGGUGAAGCGUAAGUUAUUCCGAAUUC